AUGCCUACUGCCGAAGGUGGUCCGCGGACUCUCUACGAUAAGGUCUUUCAGGAUCAUAUCGUCGACGAGAGACUUGACGGCACAAUUCUGCUCUACAUUGACAGGCAUCUGGUCCACGAAGUGACUUCACCACAAGCUUUUGAGGGCUUGAAGAACGCAAGCCGAAAAGUCAGACGACCAGACUGUACUCUUGCUACCACCGAUCACAAUGUUCCCACCUCCUCCCGGAAAUCCUUCAAGAACAUCGAGCAAUUCGUCGACGUGGAAGACUCCAGACUCCAAUGCAUGACCCUCGAAGAAAAUGUCAAGGACUUUGGCAUCACAUAUUUUGGUCUUGGUGACAAGCGCCAGGGAAUUGUUCACAUCAUCGGGCCCGAGCAAGGCUUCACCCUCCCAGGUACCACAGUUGUUUGUGGCGACAGUCAUACCUCGACACACGGAGCCUUUGGAGCUUUGGCCUUCGGUAUUGGCACAAGUGAGGUCGAGCAUGUCCUUGCUACCCAGACUCUAAUUACGAAACGAAGCAAGAACAUGAGGAUUAAGGUCGAUGGCGAGCUUACUCCCGGUGUCAGCUCAAAAGAUAUCAUUCUUCAUGCUAUUGGCAAGAUUGGAACAGCUGGUGGAACUGGCGCCGUCAUUGAAUUCUGCGGUUCUGCUAUUGAGGCUUUAAGCAUGGAGGCCAGGAUGUCGAUUUGCAACAUGUCAAUUGAGGGAGGUGCUAGAGCUGGCAUGAUCGCGCCGGAUGAGGUUACAUUCUCAUACCUCAAGGGACGGCCUUUGGCGCCUGACUUCGGUUCUGCGGAAUGGAACAAGGCGGUCACGUACUGGAAGAGCCUCAAGUCAGACCCAGGUGCGAAAUACGAUAUCGAUGUUACUAUUGAUGCCAAAGAUAUUCCCCCCUCUGUUACAUGGGGUACUAGCCCUGAGAACGUUGUACCUAUUACCGGUGUCGUCCCAGAUCCCGAGACCUUUGCAACCGAGGAAAAGAAGGAGUCAGGCCGGCGGAUGCUCGAGUACAUGGGUCUCACAGCUGGAACACCUAUGGAAGAAGUCGUUCUUGACAAGAUCUUCAUCGGAUCAUGUACGAAUGCCCGUAUCGAGGAUCUUCGAGCUGCCGCUGGAGUUGUCAAGGGCCGAAAGAUCGCAGCAAACAUCAAACGUGCAAUGAUUGUCCCUGGAUCUGGUCUUGUCAAAGACCGAGCUGAAGCAGAGGGUCUUGACAAGAUCUUCACCGAUGCCGGUUUCGAAUGGCGUGAAGCUGGUUGCAGUAUGUGUCUCGGCAUGAACCCCGAUAUUCUGGCACCACAAGAGCGUUGUGCAAGCACAAGUAACCGUAACUUUGAGGGCCGACAAGGUGCUGGUGGUCGAACUCAUUUGGUCUCUCCUGUUACAGCUGCGGCCUGUGCUAUCGUUGGCAAGCUCGCUGAUGUCCGAAAAUUCGCGGAUAGCAAUGCUACACCUCGUCCUGCGUCGCCCAAAACAGUCCUCGGCAAAGCUCAUAUCGAUGAGAGAGUCGAAACCGAUGAUGCUGAGCGAGAGAUCAUUGGUGACCAGCCAGAAGACGAUGCCACCGUCCCACACACCAACACCGUAGCUUCCCACAGCUCCACCGGCCUACCAAAAUUUACGGUUCUCAAGGGCAUCGCAGCUCCAAUGGAGCGUGCAAACGUUGAUACCGACGCCAUCAUCCCCAAGCAAUUCUUAAAAACAAUCAAGCGCACCGGGCUCGGCUCAGCCCUCUUCCACGGCCUCCGCUACAACGUUGACGGCUCCGAGAAGCCCGAUUUUGUCCUCAACCAAGACCGCUACCGUAAAUCCAAGAUCCUCGUCGUCACAGGCCCCAACUUCGGAUGUGGAAGCUCGCGAGAACACGCGCCUUGGGCCCUCUUGGAUUUCGGCAUCACUUGCGUAAUCGCGCCGUCGUACGCCGAUAUCUUCUUCAACAACACCUUCAAAAACGGCAUGCUACCCAUCGCCAUAACCAACGAGAGCGACCUAGAAGCUAUCGCUGCCGAAGCGCGUGAGGGCAAAGAAAUCGAGGUUGAUUUACCGAACCAAGUCAUCAACGACGGCUCGGGCAAGAAAAUCUGCAAUUUUGAGGUUGAAGAGUUUAGGAAGCAUUGCUUGAUCAAUGGGCUUGAUGAUAUUGGACUGACGAUGCAGAUGGAUGAUAAGAUUGAGGCUUUUGAGAAGAAGAUGACAACAAACACGCCGUGGUUGGAUGGCCGGGCGUAUUUGAAGCGAGGCCGGAAUGGAAAGCUGGCGGUCAAGGCUGUGCCAGUGCCGAAGACGAAUCGGGGAGAGGAGAUUAAGGAACCGCUUGAGUGGUAG